AUCUCAUCAUCUCACGAGCUACUUAGUUGCGUGCCUAUUCUUUCUACAUUAAAAUAACAAAAAUGAUUGCCCUAAAUUAACGUACCUUCUGUAGUUCAACUAAUUCUAAGUUAUCUUUUACAAAAGAAUUAUUUUUAAAAUGUCAAAAAAGCGAUUCAGUAAAAUUCAUGGCCACAAGGAAGAUUUUAGUGCCACAUUUGACCUUAAAUAUGGUAGCAAGCAUGGUUUAUUUAUAAACAUAACUUUAAACGGCUGUUACUGAAUGUAUCAACUUAAUUAAACAAUUAUGUGUCGUAAAUCAUUAGUUUUGCUAUCUAACAAUGAGCGAUCGCGUCAAAAGCAGCAAGGAAACUAAUUUUCCUUUGCAAACUUUACCAACAGAAGUACUCUUUUUGAUAUUUCAGUUGUGUGAUAUCACAUCUUUGGGUCGCUUGGCUCGUACGUGUAAGAGAUUUAAUGAAAUAAUUGACGAUGACUAUUUUUGGCAAGAAAAGAGCAAGAAAGUUAUCGUUACCAACCAGUUAUGUGAGCGAUUUCGACGGAGGACAUAUCAUGUCCUUGUACCAAAGGAGAGUUGCAGGAUAUCAGAAAAUUGGAAGCUGGGAAGUUAUAGAGAGACUAUUCAUAAGCGGCAAGUUGCAAGGUUCAUGCCCUGGAUGGUGCUGGAGAAGAACGAGCUGUGGUUGAGUCAGGGGCCAUACAUCAUGAGGCUGCUGCGGGUGGACCACACCCUCUCCGCCGAGCGGACGGUCAACGUCUGCGGCGACAGCAAAGACGUGUGCCGCUUCGUCAGGCGCGACGGGCACUUGAUUUGUGGCGGCAGGGAUGGCGUACUUAGUGGCUGGUCGGAUUGUUACACUCGACUAUUCUUGCAUCGAGCAGCACAUUCCAGAGAUGUGCGUGCGGUUGAUUGCAGCAACAGUGUGAUUCUGUCGGGUGGCUCUGACGGUCUCAUCAAGACGUGGCAGCGGAGCUCGAUGCGGGACGACAGCGCGUGCCUCUCCGAGGAGAGCGUCGGCGACAAGGUGCUGUGCCUGGGCGUCUCCCCCGGCGGCCGGCUGUUCUGCGCGGGCACGGCCGCCGUGCGGAGGACCGCUCCUCUGCUCCUGUACGACCUGGAGACCCGCGCCAAGCUGGCCGCCCUGCCGGGGCAGUGGAGGAGGGGGGCCGGGACCCUGGACGUCGCGUGGCUGGACAACCGCUCCUUCCUCGCCGGCGGCUACGACACCAGCGUCCAGCUGUGGGACGUGCGCGUGCGGGAUGCUGUGAUGAGGUGGGAGAAUCCUUUCGACAGCGCUGUCUACUGCGUCCAGACGGACGGAGAGAACACAAUUGUGUCGGGCCUGGCCCAGAGCUGCUGCAUGCAGCUGUGGGACAAGAGGACGUCGAACAGGCUCGUCCAGGUGUUCUACGCCAAGGGCUCGGACAGCAGCCCCGUUUACUGCCUGGCGUUCGACUCAAGCUACUUGUACUGCGCCCUCGACCGGUCGCUGCACUCGUUCGACUUCACGGGCCGCUCCAACAAGCCCAAGAACUACCAGGCCUGUCUUCAACAGAGUGUUCCUACUGGGGAGGCAAGACGGAGAUUCCCACAUUCUGUCCAAAAGUCACGCUAUUCAGUCCACAGACCAAGAGAUCGUCAUGUUUCAUAAUUAAAUAACUUUAACAUGGUAGCUAAAAGCACUUUGAUCUCAUUAUUGUAACACUAUCUUGCAUCUUGAGUUUUCAUGUGGGACCAGUUAUAAAAUACACGGUGUGCCUCUUGUUAAAACCUGUGCCAUGUUUACUCACAGAGCAAACUUGUGUGUAAUAUUUGAAUAGUGUUUGCUUAUGUUUUCACAGAACUUUUUGGAACCUCUAAAAAGUACAGUGAAUAUUUGUAUGAAUGUAUAUAUGUACGUAUGUACUUAUAUUUAUUUAAGUUAGUGAAACAAUCAGUGCCACAGUUGGAAGUUUGUUUAAAAAAAUUUUUUUACUAUAGUUUGUCAUGACCGGUAAAAAAUUGAAUAUUUACCAAUUUAAUUUAUGUUUAGAAAGUUUUUUCCUUAAAAAUGUAUAUUAAAUAAAAAAUAAUUUCUUUAAUUGUUUGUAUUUAUUAAAUUGUAUGUUCAUGCCUUGUUAUAAUAUUGACAGUGUGUGACCUUUAUAAAAUUUUCUUAAAUAUAAGAUAUUUUUUCAGUAACUGAUAAUGUACAGGUUAAAUUUUAACUUGUGUAAAGUCACACUUUUAGCCAAACACCCCAAAUUUUUAUCAUGUCAGCAUGGCAAAUAUUCAUUAACCUUACCAUUUAGACUUAGCCAAAUUAUUGCUUAGUGAAUGAUUCUUUUUUUACAUUAGUUAGGUAUCUGCCACACCAAGUACAUUCGUGUCAAUGUGGACUAAUAUUAUGAACACGUACUUCCAAACUAGGCCAGACAUUCCGACAUGUGAUUGCAUGCUGAAAAAUUAGUUUUCUAUGUCUUUGUGUUAUCAGUUUAUCACAUAAAAAUAAAAUACAAUAAAAAAAAUUAAUCGUAAGUUAAUGGCUAAAAUUGUUUGUCUGCAAGCAUUAAAAUUUGGAAAGGCAUUAAUAUGCCAUUUAAUUGCAAAAAUUUGGAUAAAUAAUGUAAUAUGUUUCGUAAAGGUACAUCACAUGACUGUAACAAUAACCAAAUUACCAGUGUUGUAGACCUCACUCUUAUGGCACGUGCUGUUGCCUAAUCUCUUAACACAUUGCAAAUUUCAGCAGUUGUGUUUCUUUAGGAUUCUGAUUGCACAAGAAGCAUUUUAAGAACUCAUAUCAAAAUUUAUAAUAUUUGUAGUAUCAUGCUUUUAAAUUUACAAUAGAUUACCUCUUUAGUUUUUAGUAGUACUGCGGGUUCCAGGUGUGAGUGUAUUGUCGAUGAGAGAUUACCUACUUGUUGUAUGAGUAACAAGUUGAUAACAUUGAAGAAUGAGAAACACAGUGUAUGAGUAAGGUUAUGGCAGGGGUGUGGCAAAUAGUUAACUGCGUGAUGUGAGUUCCCGAUGGCUGAGCAACACUCGCUUGGAGAGAGUGUAUACACCUAACGACUUACGACGAGUAACCCAACGAGUACGAGGAAGUGGACAAGUCUGCCAGAGCUUCAGGGAUUCCGGGGUGAAGCACAGUGUGUGGCAGUUACAACACAGCAUCAGCUAGACACUCACUUGGCUUACGAGAAGUUAGUGGCUGACAUCGGAAUGCUGCGGUGUUCUGACAUCACAUUGGGUUGGAGUCCCAGUGCGAGUAUCCGAGGGCAUUCUACUAGAAGAACGAUGCUGAUGGUACAUGACCAUCUGUGACUUCAUCUCUUCUCGGACUCGUACCAAGCACCUACUACGAGUUAACUUGCUUGUUGGAGAAGACGAUCAGUGGUGCCAACAUCAGACGUCCGCCCGCCAACGAGGCGAGUAGCCAUACCAACAGAAGCCGUGUGUUGGCGAUGAUUAUCUUAACACCUGAACUAAAGAUUAUUGACGCUGGUCAUGAAUUUAAUGACUGUUUAGUUUGAUAAAUUUUCUGAGCCGUACUUUUAAUGUGUGUUUGCAGAUAAUCACUUUCAAAUUGUAAUGGAGAAUUUCUUAGUAAUUAGAAAUAAUAUUUCAAUAUUCCAUGAGAGCAGAAUUACUAAGGCUAAUUUACAGUAAUAUAUGAACUGGAGUAAAUACCCAGUAUCAUUUUUGAUUGGCACUGUUAGUCUUUUAUUAUCUGUUUAAUUGUGCAACUUUUAUAAACUUUUUAGUUUUAUUUAUUCAUGCCCAAUAUUUCUGUGUUCACAGCAAACCAUUAAAUGAAACUUGACAUUGAGAGGUUGGCAUUCAGGGAUCCACCAGGCACAUUAGUUAGCUAUGUUUUCCAAUUGUAUUGUAGUACCACCGUGUGGAGUUUGUGAAUAAAUGUCUAUUUUUCGAA